AAGGCAAAGAAGGAAUGGGUGGCUACAGCCUACACAUUAUGUGCCGGUUUGCAAUAGGCCAAGAUUCCGACAUACUUGUAUAAUUACCUGUAAAAUUUGGAUCCCCUAGGAAAUCGCAACAUUUUCAAAAAUCAUUGCAGUUUGUAUAAUUUCAAACAAUUCUCCCAUUUGUUAGGCCCUCGUUAUUCUCUCCCCCCCCUCCAAAACGUGUCGUCGGUCGGCAUCUUCUCCGGGAAUCACCUCUUACUUUCCCGAUCAUUUGCCGGCCGCCGUUAAUCAACACACAUCCUUCCCCCUCUCUUUCUCUCCGUUGACUAUUUUGUUCCGCGUCUGGCUUUUGACCUCCAAAUUCGUGAGUUUCUGUGAAAUCACGAAUUGUUGAUUUUGUGAGGAUAUGUCGAGUCAAGGUAGGAAAAGUAUGUCAUCUUCAUCUUCACACGCGAAGAACAAAGGAGUCGAAAAUGGAGGCCCAUUGGACCCCGGUCGAAAGCCUCUCCCUGCUACACGCUCUAUGGGAUUGACUGGAGAACGAACAGUGAAGCGAUUGCGACUGUCAAGGGCUCUAACAGUUCCCGACAGCACAAAUAUCUAUGAUGCUUGUCGCAGAAUGGCUGCUCGCAGAGUAGAUGCCUUAUUGCUGACUGAUUCCAAUGCUUUACUCUGUGGGAUUCUUACUGACAAGGAUAUUGCUACAAGAGUAAUAGCUCGAGAAUUAAAUCUUGAAGAGACGCCUGUUUCAAAAGUGAUGACCAAAAAUCCUGCUUUUGUUCUUUCUGACACUUUAGCUGUGGAAGCUUUGCAAAAAAUGGUUCAAGGAAGAUUCAGACAUCUACCAGUUGUGGAAAAUGGAGAGGUUGUUGCUUUACUUGACAUAGCAAAGUGCUUAUAUGAUGCCAUUGCUCGUAUGGAGAGAGCAGCUGAGAAAGGAAAGGCCAUUGUUGCAGCUGUUGAAGGUGUUGAGAAAAAUUGGGGGUCAUCAGCUUCUGGCCCUAAUACAUUCAUCGACGCACUGAGGGAGCGCAUUUUCAGGCCUUCAUUGUCAACAGUUCUCUCUGAGCAUUCAAAGCUCCUAACUGUAUCACCAACUGACACAGUCUUACAAGCAGCGAAGAAGAUGCUCGAACUUCAUCUAAGCUGUGCUAUUGUGACGGUAGAAAAUAAACCAAAGGGCAUUUUAACCUCCAAGGAUAUAUUAAUGCGGGUUAUUGCGCAAAAUCUUCCUCCAGAUUCAACACUUGUGGAAAAGAUCAUGACACCUAAUCCAGAAUGUGCAACUGUAGAUACGCCUAUUGUUGAUGCUUUGCAUACAAUGCAUGAUGGGAAAUUCCUGCAUUUGCCAGUUGUGGAUAGAGAUGGAGAUGUCGUUGCUGUUGUGGAUGUCAUCCACAUCACCCAUGCAGCUGUUGCCACUGUUGGUAAUACUGGUGCUAUGAAUAGCGAGGCUACUACAAAUAUGAUGCAAAAAUUUUGGGAACAAUUGGGGCCUGCAGAUGAUGAUGAAGAUACACGGAGCUCUACAUCUAAUCUCAGCGAGGGAUCCCUAAAAAUGGCAUCUGAAAGUGGCGAUACAACAAAAUCUUAUCUCACUUCGUCAGUGCAACCAAGUAGUUUUUCCUUCAAAAUAGAAGACAAGAGAGGCAGGAUGCACCGGUUUAUCUGUGACACUCAAAAUUUGACAGAUCUCAUUACUUGUAUACUUCAAAGAGUUGGUGAUGAUAUUGAUCGUAACCAUCUACCGCUGAUUUUGUAUGAAGAUGAAGAUGGUGAUAAAGUAGUCCUUGCUACAGAUUGUGAUCUUGCUGCGGCUGUAGAUCAUGCCAAGCUAGCUGGAUGGAAGGGCUUAAGACUACAUCUAGAUUACUCUGGAUCACGUGGUCGUAGACGUGCUUCUGGGUCUACGAGCCUGGAGUAUGCUCAGGCUGAUGCAUGGGCAGCUGCAUACAGUGGAGUUGCAGCCGGUGCUGCACUUGUUGCUGGAUUGGGUGUUCUUGCUUAUCUGAAGAGAAAUGGCUAAUAACACAACCCCAAUUACUGGUCAUAAAGGAUUUUACUUCAGCUGCAGGCAUGACAGAAUUCCAUUGGCAGGAAGGAUGAAUUGGUUGGUUGGCUGUUUUGUGAGGAGCGGGGAGUAUUUUGUGCCUGCAGUCUCUUUUUGUAUAGAAAAAUGUCAAUGUAUGUUGCCUAACUGCGCAUUAGGCCAUUUGUGACACGGAGUGUGCAAUUGUUUCUUGGAAUCUAUGAUCCCAUGAUUUGAAAUUCUCAAA